AAAUUUCACGAAAAAAAGUGGGUCAAAAUGGAGGGAGUGAGUCCUAUAACGUACCUGGGCCACCUCUCUCCUAAGAGAUGGAGCAAGAUAGAUUUUCACCAAUUGAUAACUAAGCUCACUAAUAGAAUCAAUAUUACCUAAUGCUAGACAGUUAUCAUAUGCAGGAAUAGACACCUCAACUUCGAGAACGCGCAUCUAGGCAUUUCAAAGUCGGAGUGUGUGCUGUCAAUUGAAGUCGAGUUAAGGUGAAACGCAUAAGUAAGCCAAAAAGAGUUCAUAAAUUAGUUUAAUCAGCUUACAUGUUAAUCCAAACACCCCGUUAAAACUCAAGAUUUUCAAGAACAUAAAUUGUCAGAUGUAAGAAGAGGAUGAAAUGAAUCUUCCCCUUAGUUGACCAAUUCAACCUUCCCUCUUAACUAUUUGGCCCUUUCCUUUGUGUUUCCACUCUUUGAAGUGACUAAUAAUUCAAUGAGGGACUUGUCAGUUGGGCAUGGUCAAAUUUGAGUGGCGGACUUUACAUUGCCUUAUCUUCACAUUUGGGACAAAGUGAAAAAUGAUUGGUCACAAAUGAAGGAACUGAGGAGACAAUUUUAAAUUUUUGUUCAAGUGUUCAUUUAGAGAGGUUGAAUCAAGUGUCUGAUCUACAAGCUCAGUUGUGUCUACUUUGCUUCCACAACAGUUACUCUUAUCAUUGUAUCUGCAGAAAGAAGAGAUAUAUGUCUUUAAACACAUCUCAUCUCUUUGAAGAACUGCAGUGUGUUGCAAAGAAAUGGGCGUCUCAAGAGAAUGCUCGUCUCAUACAAAAUCUGCGGCAAAUUGAAAGGGAAUACAGUUCGGUCUGUAAGGUUGCAGAGAAAGAUUUGUCAUGGCUGAAUCAUUACCUAGACGAACUGCAGAGGGUUGAAGAGAAAUAUGGUUCAUUCCAUGUGUUCUCGGACAACAAUCAUCUCCUUCAAACUGCCAAUCGGAUUCAACAGGGAUGUUAUUCAUUCCGUAUUUUUGUAGAGGGACCUAAUGUUACUUCAUCUCUGUAUGCGAUUGAAGAUAAAUGUAAGUCAUUCUAUACGGUUUUAAACGAAUAUAAUUUUAUAGAGGAAUAUCAUCUCCUUGGCACUCUGAAGCGGAUUGAAGAGGACUUGGGUUCAGCCCGUGUAUUUUCAGACCAGUAUCUGUCAAAGUCAUCUCAUCUACUCCAAACUCUGCAGCAGACUGAAGCAGAAUGCUAUCAAUCCUGUGAAUUCUUAGCUGAACUACAAUCAAAGAAAUCUGAUCUCCUUCAGUCUCUGCAGCAUAUUGAGCAGGUAUGGGGUUCAUUCCGCAAGUAUUCAGACGAACUACAAUCAAAGAUAUCUAAUUUCCUUGAGACUACAGCGCGCUUUGUAGAGGAAUGCGGCUCAUUCCUUGUAUUUUUGGAAACAUAUCUGUCCGCAGAGGAUUCUGUUCAGAGGUUGGAAUAUGGAUGGGCGUUUCCUGUGGAUCAAUUUAUGGUACUCAAAAGGGAUUUCAAGUUCCUGGGAAUCAUUCUCAACUUGCAAAACCUCAAAGAUGAACCAAAUUUCCUAAAACAAGCCCGAGAUUCGAUUCAACGUACUGAGAGGCAUAUCGUCCGUAUCGGCCAAGAAAACCGUAUCUCUGAGAUGCGCUACAUACAGCGUGUGUUUCAUGCGACUAAAUCGGAAAUCAGAAUUAGAUAUUCCUUUCCCGAAAUGUAUUUUCAACUUUUUACCAACAUGCGUGGUAUUGUUAUUCCCCAUUUUGUAAUGGAAUUCAUUGAUACAGUUGUAGAGAAUCUCAGUGAUUUGCUAAAAUAUAAUGAUCCAAGUUCACUACUUUGUAUUGGGGAAGCCAUGAUGGGUCAAAUUGAGAAGGCUUUAGAGGGGUUGAAGUUCCUUAGAAGUUUUCUCUGCUUUGUUUCGGACAGAUGCAUAGAGCCUCAGAGACAAUAUACUUUUCUCAACCACAUUUUACAAGUGGCCUGGCUCACAACAAUGUUUGCUUGGUUGUAUUUGCCAUCCACCCAAGGAUAUGCGGACUACCCUCCAGAUGAAAUUAAUUAUUUAUUUUCAAAACUCCGGCGUGAGAUGAUUCAACCCAUUGAUCCAAGCACCUGCAAAAUCUAUAUUGGAGUUCUGCAAGCUCUAAAGUUAGUACAGUCGCAAUGGUAUCCUGUUAUCCAAAUUAAGUACAUUGUAGAUUGUGAAGUUGGAUUUGUGGACACUCUCCUACACAGUUUGAAAGAGCUACCAGUUCCUAGUAAUUUCACGGCAAUAAAGAAAACGCUUCAGGAGAUGCUCAACUUCUUGAAAACCAAUCUCAUAAAUCUACCAGUACGGGCCCUUGUAUUCCAUCUUCAAUAUAUCAACUCCGUGAUUGUAGAUGUUGGACUUCUUGUUUACUCCUUAAAUUACAAGGAGAAUGAUAAGGAAGAUGAAACUUUGGGGGAAGCGAAGAAUGAUAAGGAAGAUGAAACUUUGGGGGAAGCGAACCAAGUACUAGUUCUUGAUUUCCCAGGCAGAAUUCAAAGUAUGCAAGCAAUGAUCUACCUCAUCAGUAGAAAGCUAUUUCUCUUUCAGUAUGGGAUUGAUGAACAGGGAACUGCUGAUUUUACUGUAGACAUCCUGAUGGAUCUCUUAUGUCACUAUUCAAAUUCAAUUUCUUCUAUCAAGAGCCAACUUCAAAAAACUCAAAAAGAGUUAAUGUGCUUCCAAAAAGUUGUAGAACAGGAUGACAGAUGUAGACAAUUUGCAACACCGGUGAUUCAUUUGGAACGUAAAUUAGAGUAUGUAACUAGUAGUAGUAUAGAAGAAUCUUUUCCUGACUGGUGCCUUUUUCUCUGGAUUUUACACAUAGGAGCGGAUAUUAGAUUACUCAAGGCAGAGGUAGCGGAGAUUCUGGAAAAGAAUGUGCUAGACUUAGUAUUGCAUAAUACCAAAGAUGCUGACAUUGCACAUUCUUCUUCACAGCAUUCUAGAAAUCCUGCCAAGAAUGAAGAAAUGGUGGGCCAUAAGGAUGUGAUGGAUGAACUAAGAGGUAAACUAACUAAAGGAUCUUCAGGAUUUGAUGUCAUUUCUAUUGUUGGGAUGCCUGGAGUGGGUAAGACAACCCUGGCGAACAACCUAUACUUCGAUCAGUCAGUUGUCUCUCACUUUGAUAGACGUGCCCAAUGUUGUGUCUCUCAAGAAUAUUCACGAAAGGGCUUGUUACUCUCCCUUCUCGGAGAUAUAACUGAAAAUACAACUAAACUUGAAGGAGAGUCUGAGGAUGUACUGGCAGAUAAGCUUCGCAAACUUUUAAUGUUCAAGAGAUACCUUAUUUUCAUUGAUGAUAUCUGGGAAGCUAGUGUAUGGGAUUAUUUAAAUUUAUGCUUCCGCAAUGCUAACAAUGGAAGCAGAAUUAUUCUGACAACUCGGCAUUAUGAUGUUGCCUCUUAUGCUAAACAUGUUAGUGAUCCACUAGUUCUUCGUUUGCUGUCUAAUGAAGAAAGUUGGAUUUUAUUACAAAAUAAGGUGUUCAAUACGGAAACCUGUCCCUUGGCCUUGGAGGAUGUUGGAAAAAGCAUAGCACAAAAGUGUGGAGGGCUGCCUCUUUCAAUUGUUCUCGUAGCAGGUAUUCUUGCAAAGAUGGAAAAGGAAAGACAUCGAUGGGAACAAGUGACAACAAAAUUAAGUCAACAUAUUCAGGAUCUGUCCGAGCAUACGAUAGAUCUUAGCUAUCAGGAUUUACCACAUCAUUUGAGAACCUGCUUUUUAUAUUUUGCAGUAUUUUCAGAGGACGAGGAGAUUCAAGUCUCAAAGUUAACAUGGUUAUGGAUAUCAGAAGGUUUUGUGAAAACUCACAUGGAGAAGCUUUUGGAGGAUAUUGCAGAAGACUACAUGGAUAAUCUUGUUGAGAGAAACCUAGUGAUGGUUUCUAAAAGGAGUUUCGAUGGUAAGAUCAAGGCAUGUCACAUUCAUGAUCUGUUACUUGAAUUUUGCAGGAAGAAAGCUGAAUUAAAUAAUUUCAUGCAAAGGAUUAAAGGGAAUGAAGUAUUUCUUCCUUUUCAUGUUUUUCUUCCAAAGUGCAAGACUCCACGACGCUUAUCUCUUCAGUCUCAGUGCAAUAAUGUUGAGAAAUGGUGUUUCUGGUUUUCACAUGUGAAAUCUUUUCAAUUCAGGGAAGCUAGAAAAAUUGCUUUUUCUUUGAUAGACCAUGCAUCUUAUAUCUUUAAUAGCUUCAAGUUUCUGAGGGUUUUGGAUUUAGAGUUCACCAUAAUUGAUUUUCUCCCACAAGAGUUAACCCUUCUGAGGUAUCUUGCUUUUCGAACCGCCAAGGAUAUGUUAUUGCUACCGGCAAAUCUUUGUAACCUUGAAACUUUGAUAGUUCAAGGAAUGAAUGGACGAGUAUCAUUACCAGAUACCAUUUGGAAGAUGGUCAAGUUGCGACAUCUGCACAUAUAUAAUCAAGCAUUCUUCACUUUGAACAGUACCCAAGAAAUCUCAGAAAGCACCUCGAAAAUGGAUGAUUUGCAAACUUUAGCGUCAGCAUAUUUUUCUUGUAUGGAUAACGCUGAUAAGAUCUUGGCUAAGAUGCCAAAUCUUCGGAAGCUGAGAUGUGAAGUUUUGAAAUUUACUGGCUCAUUUACGGCAUUUAUGAAUCUUGCCAAGUUAAAAAUGCUGAAGAUUUCUUCCGGUCCUACAUUUACCUUGAUCAAUCAGUUGAAAAUCCCAUCACACCUCAAGAAAUUGACACUGACCAAUUUCCGCAUAAAUCUUAAUGAAGUCACAACUCUUUCAAAUCUUCAGAAUGGGAUGUCUCAGAUGAUGCCUUUCCAUGCCUUGAACACUUGGUUUUGAAAAGAUGCCGAUAUCUUGAAGGGAUCCCUUCUUGCUUUGGAUACAUGUCUUCUUUAAAAUCCAUUGAGGUAAAGUCAUGCAAGGGAUCACUCGCUGAGUCAGCCACGGUCAUCAAGGAAAUGCAAGUUGAAGAGAUGGGAUAUUCUGCUUUUGAGGUCUUCAUCCACAAGUAGAUCAAUGAUGCUCCAACUCUAUGUCUCAAAUUUGUUAUCAGGUAUGUUGUCUAUGCAACUUCAACUGAACUCUAAACGUGCCAUUGUAUACACUAAUUUAUUAAGUACUAUUAGUUUACAACUUCUUAUGCUACGCUCGUUUUCUCUUCACUAUGAAAUGGAAGAACCACCAACGAAAUUAAAAAGAAACAAGGAAGCCCAUGCUGCUAAUAAUUGCUCUAGACUCAAGCAGAUCACUGAUAAUUUUUAAUGAGUACAUAUGUACUGUACAUCCGAAAUUAGUUAGCUUCAUAUAUUCAAUCCAAGGCCAAGAACAGAUGAUUGUAAGCUAAAGCCUAAUCUUCCUUUAUUUAUUUCCUUUACUAAUUUUAAGAAGUUGUAUCAGCUGAAGCAGUUGGUUAAGACCGAGAAGCAUAAGAUGUACUAUAUAUUAGCCGAAUUGUUGGUGCUAUCAGUUAUUUCUUUCUGCAACAGAUUUUACUGCUUUCUUUACUUUUAUAGAUUGACAUUGUGUGAAUGGUUAAAAGAUAUAGUAAAAGGAUGAUGUUUCCAA